CUGCGCACGCCCCACUCGUGUCAUGUGACCGAGGAGUGUCGGGGGGCCUGGGCUGGAGGAGGAAGAACCGGACCCCUGGAGGGAUGGAGGCGACUUUGGAGCAGCACUUGGAAGACACAAUGAAGAAUCCGUCCAUUGUUGGAGUCCUGUGCACAGAUUCGCAAGGGCUUAACCUGGGCUGCCGCGGGACCCUGUCGGAUGAGCACGCCGGGGUGAUAUCCGUGCUGGCCCAGCAGGCGGCCAAGCUGACCUCGGACCCUACCGACAUUCCCGUGGUAUGUCUAGAGUCCGACAGUGGGAACAUCAUGAUCCAGAAGCACGACGGCAUCACCGUGGCGGUGCACAAGAUGGCCUCCUGACGCCCGGGCCGCCCUGCCGCCGCCCGCCCCCGGGGUCCGCGCCCCUCCGUGUGACUGGGGCGGCACGUGCGGCGCCGGCUGCAGUAGUCAGGCUGCCCCCUGCAUGUGCUCUGGGCCCUUGUGUGCUGAGUUCGGGGUGAGUGGCCCGUGGCCGCUCCGGGGCUGACUUAAAACAUUGGCAAGAACGGACCUUGCUCUGCAGCGGCAGGUGCAGGUGACUUGGCACAGAGAGUUUUGUCGUGUUCAAUAAACGUGGUUGGAGGAAA